AUGUAUUUGGAUAACAGUGUGGGAAGUCUAGGAGCCGAUGGAGAAAAGGCUGCAGUUAGUAAUGUUCAAGUGACUAACUGCACUUUCAAUCAGACGACGAAUGGAGCUAGAAUCAAGACAUGGCCGGGUGGAGCAGGAUAUGCAAGAAACAUACGUUUUGAAAACAUCACACUCAUUGACGUCAAAAAUCCAAUUAUAAUCAACCAACAAUAUAUAGACAAAAGGCGUCUUAACGAUGCAGAGGAUUCAGCGGUGGCGAUUAGUAAUGUAAUAUUUGUCGGCUUCCAUGGAACGACGUCGAGUAAAGAUGCUAUAACGCUUGACUGUAGUGAAACCACACGUUGUGAAGGCGUCGUUAUAGAUGGAAUCAAUAUUACGAUGGCGGAUGGAGAAAAACCUAAAUUUGCUUGCAACAAUGUUGAUGGAAACUCUGACGACACUAGCUUGAUGCGUGGUUGUUUUAAAAAUGUUUAA